UUUGGAUUAUCUCCGGAUUGUCGAUCCCUGUCUUUUUUCUGGUUGGAUGGGGUCUCGAUUGUUCCAUUGUCCUAUUGUUUGCUUCGCCAAGGCAACAACAUAACGUAAACGACAACGAUUAUUGAAACGCGCCGUAUCCAAGCGCGUGCAUUCGAGGGUCGAUGGGCAACCAAUCAAGCUGAUCAUUCCCCGGUCGCCAACAACACUCGACAAUGCUUUAGGACAUUAUAAAAUCCUGGUUCUCUUUCUCUCUUCUGUAGACUACAGCAAUAACCCGCAUAGCCAGUGUUCUCCAGGACUCGACGUCCAUACCACGCUCUUUCGCCCGCACGCUCUUUACCUUCCAAGGCCGGCCUUACUACAUCAUCUCCCGACUCUCCCACACAACACCGUUACAACACGUGUAUCAAUCCAAUCAAAAUGCUUCUCACCAACCUCUUUGCGCUUUUGCCUCUCCUUGCUCUCGCCUCUGCGCGACCCUACGAUGACAAACUCCACCGCCGCCAGUGUACCGCCCACAGAAACCACAAGUUCUCUGCUCACGGGAACGGGACACUCGAUGGUCAGGGGAGCGCUGUGGCUGCUGUUGUCGUUCCUGCUUCUUCUACUGCUUCUCUUGAGCAGGAGACGCAGACGGCUACAUUCAUUUCGAGCAGCACCGAGGUCCAAGAGACUGCCACUCCCGUCUCUUCUACGUCCGAGCAGGAGGCGACGACCACCUCGUCUUCGUCCCCGGAGGAGACUGCCACAUCCGCUUCUUUCAGCGUCAGCGCCGAAGCCUCGUCCACCGGCUCCUCUUCGGGUUUGAGCACCGAUGCGCAGACGCUGGUCGAUCUUUACAACGCUUUCCGAGCCCAGUACGGUGCUGGCAACGUGACUUGGAACGAUGACUUGGCUUCUUACGCUGCUACUGCCGCUGCCAAAUGCGACAUGCAGCACACCGGCGGCCCGUACGGCGAGAACCUGGCUUCCGGCGUUGGUGGCGGCUACGACAUUACCGCCGGUUUCCAGUCGUGGGCUGAUGAAGCCUGUAAGCUUACCUUUGCCCUCUUCCGUGCUGGUCUCAAUGUACUGUUGCUAAUGUCAUAUCACAUAGCCUCCUAUAACGGCAGCGCCUCCCACUUCACCCAGGUUGUCUGGAAGGCUACCUCCGAGAUCGGCUGUGCCACCUCCUCUUGUGCUGAUGGGACCAUCUUUACGGGCUAUGGGUCGAACUUGCUUUACCUUGUUUGCGAGUACAACCCAGCCGGCAAUGUUAUUGGCGACUUUGCUGCCAAUGUUGGUGCUUAGAGCUUGACCUUGGGGUAUCAAGCGAUGAUUGUUCAGGUAUCGUCAAGUAAUCAAGGGCAGUCCACUUUGAGAGUGGACGUUCUUGAUGCCUCCGCCUCUUUGUUUCUAGGUGUCUCUUUCUUGGGUGUGUGUACGUAUAUGCGAGUCAAGCUAGCUCGAUGCAAUGACUGUAUGCUUGCGAUCUA